UCUUGCAUGAGUUACGCAACCGCAAUCUCCUCCUACAAGCACCGAUGUUUUUCUCAAAACACUGAGUAAAACCACGGAAUUAAACCAUCAUAGUAUUUUAGAUAUAAAGGUAAACCAUGAUUUAACAUUAUAUUGAUAGUUUUGAUUAAUCAUAUAAACGUUUUGUAAAUUAUUUAUAAACAUUUAUGAUCAAAUACUAAGUUACAUCAAGCUGAGGCAAAAAUGCCGCUGUUGUUGGCAGCUCGAGUAAUAAUACCAUGGCCCGCCAGCGUUGGGCGAGCGCUUCGACUGGGUUCGGUGGGAUCCCUGCAGGAAAUGGAUCGUAGUCAAUUUGACUCGAAACAGAGCAGAGUUUGCUCAAAAGAAAAUGUCAAUCUUAACUGUCCAGGCCAACCUACCUUCACUCCAUUUUCGUUGUAUCAACGCAGGUUUCUUUCUCAAUUUGUCCCCGAAAGUCGGCCUGUAACAGAAAGCAGCAUUGAACAGUUUCAACACUUUGUAGAUAAAUCCAAACGUUUGUUUGUUCUGACUGGUGCAGGGAUUUCAACCGAAUCUGGAAUACCAGAUUAUCGCUCAGAUGAAGUAGGACUUUAUGCUCGGAGUGACAGGAAGCCCAUCCAGUACCGUGAUUUUGUUCAUAGUCCCUCACGGCGACAACGCUACUGGGCCAGGAACUAUGUGGGCUGGCCUCAAUUCAGCUCAUUUUUGCCAAAUCAGUCCCAUCUUGUGCUUGCAGAGUGGGAGAAAGUUGGAAAAAUACAUUGGUUGGUGACCCAAAAUGUAGAUGCCCUUCACACAAAAGCAGGAAGUCGAUGCCUAACCGAACUUCAUGGCUGCUCGAACAGAAUUAUCUGUAUGAACUGCAAGACCCUCACUAGCAGGAAUGCUCUUCAAGAGAGAAUGACCGCUGCAAACCCAAACUUCCACACUGAAACGGAGUAUGCUGCUGCUCCUGAUGGCGAUGUGAUCCUUCCAGAAGAACUUGUCACCCAGUUCCAGGUGCCUUCUUGUGAAAGCUGUGGAGGACUUCUCAAACCCCACCUGGUGUUCUUCGGGGAUAAUGUCGACCCAGAGAUCAAGGAGUUUGUCUUUCAGAGGUUGGAAGAGAGUGAUUCAGUCCUUGUCAUAGGAUCAUCACUUGAGGUUUACUCGGGAUAUAGGUUUGUCCACACUGCCUGGCAGCAGAAGAAACCCAUCGCUAUCGUCAACAUUGGCAGGACUAGGGCCGACAAGUUAGGACCGCUAAAGAUAGAGGGCAGAUUAGGGGACAUCAUUCCUUCCAUCAGGGUUUCAUGACACCAUCUUGACCUUAGAGGAUGAGCAGCUGUCCUCUCCUUUCUUUCUUUCUUUCCAUGGAAGGUAUUUUUUCUAGUGAUGUAGCAUUCAUUGUAGCCGGAGGUAUAUUUGGUGUGUGUGUGUGUGUGGGGGGGGGGGGGGGGCAUGGUAUUAUUUUUCUAGGUGAAUUGUUAUAUUAGGUGAUUUUUUAUUGGGGAUAAAGAAAUAAUUGUGUUGGAG